AUGGACAAUCCCAAUUCGCAAGAUCGACCAAGUGUCGAUCAACAGGUUAUGGUUAGCCCAAAUGCUGCCGAUGUGACUCCGAACGAGAUCCCGCCCGCCGGACGGUUUCCAGAUGGGCCUGCUCCGGGUUUGAUGAAUGGUGUGGAUCGCCCCGUAAGGGGACCUCAUGACAUGGAUGGAGAAACAGUGAGUGGAACUGUCCUUGAUGAUCACGGAGCACAGUCUACUGAAGCUGCUGCAAGGAUGAACCCCCGCACAGUUGGGGAUUUCCUUGAGGGUCCUGGAAGGACAGCUGGCACGAGUGGUGGACUGUUGAGUGGUUUGGCGAGGGUCGUUCAGGCGAUUCCAGCUGCGGUGGAGAGCGUAGUGCCGAGUGUGGCGCCCAAGGCCACGGGAGCAACUGGAAGAAUGGUUUCUCCAAGUAGUCAUGAUGCUGUUGAGUAUGCGUCGGUGAGGUCGUCGUGGAGUGCUGAUCCAAGACCACCCCAGCCUACGCAACUGCCGGCGACCCCUUUGCUUACGGAGUCAAUGGUUGCGCGGAUGAGAGAACUGGAAAGGGCGGCCCCGCUGUUGUAUCCAAGGGCGGAUCCGGCACCGUAUUCGGUUCAGCAUCCACCUUCGUCAGCUUCGAGCGACAUUCAGGCGGAAGUUCGAAGGCAACUUUCUGAGCUGAUGGCGAUCAGGGACGAAGAAGGCCGGAGACUGCGAGCUCAAGUGGAAGCGCUGGCUGUAGAGAACAGUGAGCUUAGAGGUAGGCUUGUGGAAGAUGUACAGGGUAGAAACCAGUUUCAUCAUGCAGAGACCGUGGUACCAGGUUUCCCCGGCUUGAGUUGGAUAGGUGCGUUGGCAGAGAGUUUCCCGACGCAUGGAAACGAUGAUUUUGGCGUCUACCCCAGCCGGGGCCUCAAGAGUAUCCAGGACCCCCCCGCCGGGGCGGCCUUGCAGUCGAACCCAGAGGUGAGCUUCCGUGUAAGUUUGAGUAGGGCGUCCUUGCAUGUGGACAUGAAUCCUGAUGAAGAUAAAGUGAUGAAGUUGCAUGCACAGAUCCUGAGUGAGCUAGAAGCCAUAAACCAUAGAGGGGUGAAGGAUAAAGAUGCCGACAAGGAAAAGGAUCGCGCUAAGGAGGCAGCAGCGCAGGCUAAGGUGAAGGGCGUUGAUCAGGCGUUGAAAAUGAUUGCCGAGCUUGAAACCAAAAGGUUGGAGGCAUUCCAGGAGAGUGUGCAAGACCUUGAGUGCCAGAUUGAGCACUUGCAAGCGGAACCUGAUCCUACCCACCUCUUGCGCAAAUUUGUUGAGACCGGAGACCGGGGCGAUUUGUUGCAGGCGUUGAUGGCACAACCGUACUUGUCCGAAGUUCCGGCUUCAGUAAAGGCGUGGAUGGCCGAAGGUAUAGGUUCCACCGAUGCCAGCAGCGGACGCAGUUUGUUGAAGGCCUUACCGUUGAGGAGGUCAGCUCGACGAGCACUGCUCCAGUCGGAUAGGUGGUUUGUGCACCUGUGUGCCGGAGCCCCGAAGCAGGAGGAUCCAAUUUCUGAAUGGUGUGCCGAAAGAGGUUUGAUUCCUUUGACAGUUGACCUUCGUGAAAAGGGAGGUAAGGGAUGGGACUUGACAAGGAGAAAUGGCGUGUGGCGCUUGCUUCUAUGGGCGGCCGCUGCAGGAAAGAUCGCCUGCCUUUUCUCGUCUCCACCUCUAAAGGCUGACCCUGCGAAGGAGGUUCUCAGGUAUCAAGAUCGGGUGUUAUGGUCCUUGGCAUCGGUUGCGAAUGGCAAAGGGAUCCCGUUUGUGAGUGAGGUGUCGGGCAUCAAGGAUGCUUCUGUCGAAAGGUUUGUGCAAUGGUCUGGCUCAGAGUUGGUGGCCUUUUAUCAAGGUGCCCUAGGAGCGUUGCACGCGAGACCUACGCGAAUCAUCACCAAUUUGCCGCUGAAUUUCCUUCAACACUUGCCUAUCAAGGGCUCCACUGACUCUCCAAGGGAAGGACCGGUUUGGACAGUUGAAUUUCGUAGGGAGCUUGUGAGUGCCUUAAAUGGUAUCCCUGCUGGUGCUACCUGCGAGAGGCUUGAUGAUAUGAUCCGUGCGGCAAGGCCUUCCACUCAUGAGGUUGAUCGGGCACAAAAGACUGCUGAGUUGGAGGAGGAAAGACUUAACUGUAUGUUUGAGGCUGAGAGUGUGCUCUCCUCUUCAGACGAAGACGAAGAAUCUCCGAUCACCGAAGACGGCUGUCAAGAGGAGGAGGAGAUCCCACAGGUGCGUGAGGUGAAGGAACUAUCUAGGGCCGAACUUGAGCGCUGGAGGAGUCAUGUGAUGAACGGACAUGUUCCGUACCGCAAGGAUUGCCGGCAAUGCGUUGAGGGUUCGGGUUUAGGUCCUUUUCAUUCGAAAGUAAAGCACCCUAGAUCAUACGCCUUGUCCAUAGACCUUUUUGGUCCGGUUCCAGCUACCGAAGCGGGUAGAGAUGAGUCCUGUGUUACUGGAAAGUGCCUCAUGAGAUACGGGCUUAUCGGGGCGUUUAGAAUACCUAAGACGGUUUUAACCUCGCCGCCAAAGGCUAAUGGAGUUGAUGAUCUGUUCGGUAGGCCGGCUCAGGAGGAGGUUGUCCUUCCUGAUGAUGCAAAGGAUAGCUUGUACGAACCGUCUGAGCCUGGGGAAGACUUAUUUCCAGAGCUAGCGGUUGAGGCUGACCCUCCUUUGCCACCUCCAAAGGAUCCCCCGAGCGCUUUUGCCAUAGAGGUUGAAUCUUUAGAACUCGAUCCUGAGGAGCCGAAACUUGAUGAUGAUGCCUUAAAAGAGCUGGUGCAAGAGUUGUCAGAGCCAACUGAGCAAGUGGUGCUGAGAUUCUUCCUUCCGCUAAGAACAAAGGCUGGUCCUGAGGUUACGGAAGCGGUCCAGCGCUUGAUACUUCACAUCGGGCGUGAUUACCCCGUGCGAAGUGUUCACCAUGAUCCAGGCACCGAGUUUUCCACUACUGUCCUCGCCAGAUGGUUAGCUGAAAAGGGGGUGAGGGUUUCUCAUUCCCUACCGACUGAUAAGAAAGCUAAUGGCUUGGCCGAAAGGACAGUUGGAUGGUUCAAGUCAAGAAUGCGCACGUUGUUGCGUGGUGCCAGGUUACCUACGCAGUGGUGGCCUCUAGCCGGAAGAUGGGCUGCUCACAAGCACAAUUGUGACGUGCUGCAAGUUCAGGGACCUCCGUCCUUUGGACAGCAAGUUCUCCACCGGAUCAAAAGGCCAGCGGAUGGUGCAAAGCCCCUUAUGGAAAGGUGGAUUGAAGCUAGAUAUGCAUGUCCACACCGAUCAAUCACAGAUGGACACGUUUUGAUCACCGGAGCAGGGAGCCUGGUUGCAUCAAAAGGGUUCAAGGUCGGUUUGCUUGACCCAACUGAAUUAGAAGGUCUAAGUCUCCCUAUACUUCAGGAGGAGGAUACGGCAAGCGACCCAGUUGCAGCACAUGCUGGCGACUCUGGUGUUAAGGUAAAGCCCCCAGAAAAAAGGGUUAGAGGUAAGUCCAGGGUAAGCUUCGUUGAUGCUUCUCAGCACGGUGAGGAUGCUGAGGCGUUAGCGUCGCAGUAUCUCUUGGAUGAUGAUGUGUCAAACUCUGCCUUCAGAAGGAUUGUUGAGGCCUUGGCGAAAUCAGAACCCUCCUCCGGAGACCGAAGGGAAGGUGUGGAUGAGAAGUAUGUGCUUGGAGCCUUUUGUCAUGGUGGCCAACGAGGAGCAACGAAACUGUGCAAACGUAGGCCCUUAACCACAAGGUUCCUUAACCACUUCCUCCGGCGUAGGGCAGAGGUAUCACAUUCCCAAGGACCCACCGAGUGGUCAGCGUUGAUGAUUAUGAAAGCUACUGAGGUUCAGCAGCAUAAGGAUGUGCGAAAUGAAUGGGGUUCUAGGAAUUUCUUACUUUGCGUUCCAGGAGAGUUUGAGCUUCACACGACUGAACAGCAUUGCCUCACGGAUCGGGUUGUAAGCUUUGACCCGAGAAUAAUGCAUUCUGUGAGCCGCACUCAGGAUUGGUUUCUUGUGGGGUAUACUCCUUUGGGAACGAGUAAGAUUGAUCCUCAGGUUAAAUCCUUCCUGAAGCAGGUUGGUUUUCGAUUUGAGACUAAUGGGGAACUUGAACCGCGCAUAUCUGCAGUUAGAGCGGACUUUGAGGAGGAGGAAGAACCUGAGGAUGAGUUCCAGGAACCGUCAUCGUCGUCGCAACAUGCUUUACUCGUGGAUGUUGGUCCCGAGUCUGGGCUUGAGGAGGAUGAGCAGAUUGACUCAAUAACUCCUUUGGUCGGAUGGGAUUUUGCUACUCCCGGCGCAUUGAAUGCACCAGCGCCGAAUCUCGAAGAGACAGAUUUGUAUCAGUUUUUGGACGACCGGGGAGUCGCAAGGUUGUAUAGGCAACUGAUGGCGUUGGGUGUUGAAGUUGCUAGUGAUUUAUCCUUCCUGUAUACUGAGGAUCUUGUUGAAAAUGGGAUACCGUUUGAGGAUGCCAGAAGGAUUAUGCAAGGCAUUCAUCCCACCGGUACUGUGAGGCCGGACAAUCCGAAUUUAUGCUCCCUCACUACGGGUGAGGUGCAGCUCCUUGAUCGUCAGCACAGGAAGUUACCUUGGAUCUUUCAGAAUAGGACCUUGGGAUCACAUUCCCCUGCUCCACCAUUGAGGGGAAUAGGAGUAAGGGGUUACGAGAAUGAGGACAGACCAAGGGAGGAGGAUUGGAUCGUGAGUGAGGAAAGACUUAGGAAUGAGGAGCGGUGGAUUGGUUAUACCCAGCAACAGUCUAAUUCCUCAAGUAGCUCGCAGGCCUUCGGCAGCAGUCAUGAACCCAGCGCGAGUUCCUCCGAUCCUGUCAACCCAUUCCCUAGGGAGGACGGCAUACCUACCGGUGGAUGCCAAAGUAGUCUGCCAUCCCUUGACGAGGUCUAUGCGUUUCAUUCAAUGUACAUGCAGGCUUUGUGGGAUGAGGAGGAGGACGUUCUCCCUCCUGGAUACCCAUUGGAGGCUUUGUAUCCUUCCCAAGGAUCACCACCACCACAAGAGGAGAGUAGUGCCAGUGAAGGUGAGGUCAGUGUUCCAGUAGAUGAGCAUGCGUGUAGAAUGGUGGUGAGCGAGGAUUCCGUCAAUCCGGGUGAUGGUAGAUGGUUGGAGCCACAGAUUGAGUCCCAGACUUUAGGUGACCAUAGUGAAGGACCCCGGAUCGGAGUUAGUACCAACGAUCCGUUAUCCGUCAUAAGCCCCAACCGUAGGCUGGCAGAUUCCGGCGCUCAAGUCCUGAAGGUUGAUGAGUCCUUUUACACCAAGGAAGUUGAAGAACUUCUUGCAGGGCUCACCGAAGGUCUCAAGGUUGUUCACAAUGUAUCUCCGGAGGAAAUCCGGAGACAUAUGCCCAAGUGGAUUCCAGCCACUAAAGCAGAGGUCGAGGCGCUUGAGGGAAUGUCAGCAAUCAGGCGUUUGACCGGCGAUGAAGCCAGAUGUGCCCUAGCUCAACGAGAUGUUCAGGUGUUGCCGGCGAAAACUGUAUUCACUGUGAAACCGGGAGCUGAUUCCUGGUAUCGAAGAAAAUGCAGGGUAGUGGGUUGUGGAAACUUUGAAGAAAAGGACCCCAGCCUAGAACUCUAUGCCAGCGGUGUGCCGGCGAAAGCCCUUAGAACAGUGCUAGUAGAGGCAUCCUUUCGUCAGUUCUUGGCCUUUAUCACCGAUAUUAAAAACGCUUUCCUGCUGGCGCCAUUGCCCAAGGAAAUGAUUGGUAAGAUUUUGUUAAGGCCUCCUAAGUUGCUUGAGCAGAUGGGAAUCACACAACCGGGCGAAUACUGGGAAGUGUGUAAGGCAGUCUACGGCCUUCGCCAAAGCCCGCGCUGGUGGAGCGAAUUUAGAGACGCUAUGCUUCGCGAUGCAAAGUGGCAAGGAGCAACGGGUGUGACCCGACUGGUGCAGUCGCGUGCAGAGAGUAAUGUCUGGAAGAUGCUUAAUGAGGAAGGUAAGGUUGUGGGAUUUGUCAUCAUCUACGUGGACGACAUGAUGUUUCUCACAACAAAGGCUGAGGCGGACCUUGCUCAUGAGUGGCUCAGAAGCGUCUGGCAGUGCACUCCGUUAGAGGAGGCCACCGAGCACGCCUCGGUAACCUUCCUUGGGGUUGAAGUUGGUAUUGGCUACGAUAGCUCUGGGAGACGCGGGUUUCUUCUUGGACAAAAGGGGUAUAUUGAUGAGCUCCUGAGAAUGUACGAGAUAAUCCCUAAGCAUCGCACCCCAGUUCCCAGAGAUUGGGUUAGGGAAGCCCCAGAUUUAGAAGAAGGGUUUAGUCCUGAGACCCUCCGCCGAGCACAGCGCAUCACAGGAGAACUGUUGUGGCUGACCCAACGUACCCGGGUAGACGCAGCUUACGCCGUAUCGCUGAUGAGUUCAUGGUGUACUAAGUCUCCGGAGUUUGUUGUGCGUUUGGGGACGAGGCUGCUGCAUUACCUGGGCUCGACAAAGGAGUUGAGGCUCUCCCUAAUACCCGUCUGUGGUGAAAACCGAGUUGUGAUUUACACGGACGCUUCCUUCGCACCCUACGGUUCCCAUAGUGUGUCGGGAAUUUUGGUGGUUUUCCGUGGACGCUCCGUUUCGUGGAAGGCAAAGAAGCAAGCGGUGGUUUCCUUGUCAACGGCUGAGUCAGAGUUGAUUGCCGGGUGUGAAGGCGUUGUGAUGGGCCAGAGCAUUGAGGCAUUGAUAGUUGAAAUCACCGACAACUUAAAUACUAAGUUGUUGUUGGUUGAUAAUUUAGCUGCAAUUGCGUUGGCCGAGGGCUCUGGCACUCAAAGGACGAGACACCUUCGCGUAAGGGCCAAUUUUGUAAGGGACCAGGUUGAGAAUAAAGAACUUGAGGUCGAGCACUGCCCGGGAGAGGUUCAACUUGCAGACCUAUUGACAAAGAUCCUCCCGGGCCCCAGGCAUCAUGCUUUGUCAGGGUUGGUGGGAUUGUGCAGCGACUUAGAACGAGCACAGGUGUCACAGGUCCUGGGAACAGGUGACAACGCCUUGACUGGGUUCUCAAGGGACAAUAGGAUUAAGUUGGUCCUGUUAGUCCUGGUUUGUCAGAUGAUUGAAUCUGAGGCCGCUGAUGAGGACGCUGAGGUUGAACCGUUGAGCCUGGAACUAUCGGUUGUGGCACUGAUGCUGAUGUUAUCGGUUUUGUUUGUAUGGGAAACAGGGAAGUACUGCUUUGGUAGGUGUUGCAGAUUCCAGGGUCCAAGCGUUAGGGCUUUGAGGGCCGAGGACGCUGAUGUCAAUGCCCAAAUGUCCAGACGACAAAGAAGACAGGAAGCUAUCAGGAGAGCUAUUGAGCAGGAGACUGAGGUUGAAGGAUUAUGGAGGCGCAGAGGCGAGGAUGUUCAGGUUGAUAAUUUUACGCCUCCUGUUGUUCAAGUGAACGUCGGGAAUCGAUGGAUUUCGGAACCCGAACCUCCCAUUCCAAGGUUUGCCGAGGUAAGGCGCAUAGGUGACGAUGAGCAGGUUGCCAAUGUGAACAGUAAUCUGGCAGAUGUCCAGAGCUUCCCUGUUCCUUCGUCUAUCCAUCCUGGACUUGGAGAUUCCUCUACCCCAGUUGAUCCAGCUUCUUCGUCCUCCCAUGCUGGUCAUGGAGUACCUGCAACCCCAAUUGAUCCAGCUGCACUGCCUUCGAUCCACAGUGGAUUUGGAAUUUCCUCCUACCAGGUUGAUCCAGGUGCUUCUUCCUCUGCUCCUAGUGGAACUAGAAGUCUUCAUAGGGAGAUUGGUACCCAGACGGAUUUUCCACCUGGUCUCACCCACAUGCAGAUGAGGGAUAUACAGAUGAUCACUACCAGCAGUAGGACCCCAGGAGCGGUCCACUUGUUUCCUGAAUGUCAGGCAUUGCGGGGUACCUCCAGUCUUAACCGAAGAAUGUUUUGUCGUUAUUGUCUUACCGCUGCCGAACGUUCAGGAACAUGA